AUGACACUGUCAGUGAGAACUGUUGUUCAGAUUACUGCCUCACUUCCAAUCGUUUCUCUCAUUACCUGCAUACUAUGGACCAUGUUUGAGGAUAGUGUGGGUCUUACACGCACUCAUUGUAAUGUCCCAAACUAUAUCCCUUCGCUUAGUGCUUCCGUUUCAGUCGGCCUUCGGAAACGCAUUUGGAUUGCCAGCAUUGGAAUUUCUUGUAUUCUUCGACUUUAUAUUCACGUUCUUUACAACCAGGGCUUGGCUGAUUUACUCGUCCCUGUUUAUUCACCAAAAUCUCUUCUUCUCAAUACGCAUUUCUGGGUGCAUUAUAUUGAAAUUUGUAGCCUUUUCCUGUUGACAAUUUUCACAUCGGUUGAAAAUUUUCCUGUACAUCGGAAUUCCUUUGGAACUUUUGUCAUAUCUUGUGGCUUCUUCGGUUUCCUAGAUCUCUUUCUACUAGGAAGAUUGCAAAAAUCAUAUUUUUUGUCUUUAUCAUGGAGGCGGAAAUGUCGUUGUUAUGCUGCAAUGACUAUUUCCAUAUUCAUAUCAGCUCUCUGCUAUGUUGCUCAUAAUCAUACCUGUUUUCCUCACUUGUAUUCAUUGUUCGCGUUGACUGAGUAUACUUUCAUCCUGACCAACGUGGCUUAUCACUACUACAUUGUGGAUGUAAUCGGUGAUGUACCGUUUGAUAUUUUUAGGCGGCAACCGCCUACACUUUCUCUCGAUUCCUGA